AUUUAUUUAUUUGAAAAAAAAAAAAAAAAAAAAAGAUUUCUAGAAGCCUCCAUCUAUCUAUCUUAGGGUUUAUCCUUUCACGUUUCUGUUUCUUCCCAUUUUGUAAGUUUCGGUUGUGGCACACUUUGUUGAUAAGUUAAGAACAACACCUUUCAAUGGCGACUACUCAGCUUACCGCAUCUUCGAUUUCUACGAGGAACCUGUCUUCCUUUGAAAGGUUGCGAACUUCAUCAAUUCAAUUUCCUCGUAACAAUGCUAGAAUUGCCAUUCUUACACAAUGGUCGUUGCCGUCUAUGGUUGUUAAAGCUGCCACUGUUGUUGCCCCCAAGCAUACAACCGUCAAGCCACUAGGUGAUAGAGUACUGGUAAAAAUCAAGGAUGCAGAAGAGAAAACUCAAGGUGGAAUUUUGCUGCCAUCAACCGCUCAAUCAAAGCCUCAAGGGGGUGAGGUAGUUGCUAUUGGAGACGGGAAGACAGUUGGGAAGAACAAAGUGGACAUUAGUGUGAAGGCAGGUGCACAAGUUGUGUACUCAAAGUAUGCAGGGACUGAGGUGGAGUUCGAUGGUUCAAAACAUCUUAUACUGAAGGAUGAAGACAUCGUCGGUAUUCUUGAAACCGAAGAGGUCAAGGAUCUUAAACCCUUGAAUGACAGAGUCUUAAUAAAGGUUGCAGAAGCUGAGGAAAAAACUGCUGGUGGUUUGUUGCUCACAGAAGCAACCAAGGAUAAACCAUCCAUUGGCACGGUGAUUGCAGUUGGUCCAGGGCCUGUGGAUGAUGAAGGCAACAGAAAACCAUUAUCCAUUUUACCCGGGAAUACAGUUCUGUACUCCAAAUAUGCAGGGAAUGACUUCAAAGGCAAAGAUGGUUCUGACUAUAUUGCUUUGAGAGCCUCAGAUGUCAUGGCUAUCCUCUCUUAGUAAUUUUGGUUAUUUUUUUGUUGUAGAACCUAAAUUUGUGUUGUUGAGAGAAAUUGUCAUUUUUUUUUUGCACCGAGGCUCGAAAUAUACUAGUUGAUUGCAGCUCUAUCUAUUCCCCUUGCACAAUCUCUGUUGUAUCUGUGGUUCGUAUUAUUGUCAAUGGCUUUUCACCUUCUCAUGGUUUUCAA